AUGGGGCAAACGGAGCCCGCGUCUACAUGCGGUGAGCUCCAAGGGCGUGAAGAAGGCCCGUCAGGGAGCGCCACAGCUCCCGGACCACAAGCGUGCUUGCGCCGAUCGCCGCGGCUCCAGAUCCUGCGCGGAAGUGCCGCCUCAAGCCCCGGACAGCCUCGUCAAGCUGUCCCGCAGCAGCAGCGCCACCCUCUGCGGGCGCAGCCAGCACGGGCGCCAGCAGCACCGCGAGCUGGUCCGCCGCGUCCUGGCAACUCUCUCGCUGGCGGGCACGAAAGGUCUCAGGAGGGAUCACGGGGAGUGACGAGAAAUGAAGCGGCUCAUCAGCAGCAACUUGGUGUGAAUACUGAGCCGCCGCCUUGCCUCCACCUGCGGCCACGAACUCCACUCUCGCAACAGGCGGAACACGCGGCAGCUGGAGACGGGAACCAGGAGCAGGCGCCGCGGCGGCGGGAGCAGGAGCCGGCGGGACGUGAACCUGUGGUAGGGGUGCAGCGACCUGCGGCGGACUCAAGGGGAGCGCAGCCAGGCGAGGAGCCUCAUGGGCUGGCGAAGCGCGCAUCGAACUGUCCUGACUCUGCGCCGCCCGUUCCUGGCGCACUGCCCUUGACACCUCCCGCUGAAGAUCCGCCAUCGUCACAGGCGGGCGGUACGCCCCACCACCACCGCGCCCGCGGGGACCACGCCAGUCCCCCUGACCACCGGGAUGAGCGGGCCAGUGAGACUGCUGGUGGUAUCACUGUGGAGAAUCACGCCGGCGACGUGACGACCUGCGCUCCUGGUGAGGCGCGGGGGAAUGGGGGCGAGACAGGCGUCGGUCCGGUGACGGGGGGCGUGACGGCUGACCCGCCGGGGCCAGCGGCAUCACAGCAGGGGCGGACUGACCUGCCGCAGAGGUUACAGCCAACAGGGCCGGGCCGCCAGUGGUGGCGGACCUGCCAUCGGGGACAUCGCGGAGGCCGGUGCCGGCGACUCGGGGACGGCAGCAGGAGGUACAACGGGUACAGCAGACUCGAGAGCCGGGAAAUCAGCGACGACCCCAGCAGAGACAGUCGCCGGCGGGGCAACCGGUGA